CUGAUGAGAAGUACAUUUUGAUCUUUUAAAACCAGUAAGAAUAUUUCGUUCGGAACUCUGUAUCCAUCUUGGUUGUUCUUCGUCUACAAAGUCUUGUUCGAAGCUAUGUUCUUCUUCUAUUGGUUCAAAAUCAACUGUUGCAACCUCUAAUUCCGAACUGGAAAUGCACACUUUUUUUUACACUCAAAACGUUAACUUUGGGCGAAAUCACCACCAAUUUCCUCUUGAUUUUGUUCUGUCUCUGUAAAAAUCCAUCGGCAUCGCCACCGCAUAUGGAUUCCUCCGCUGCAGAUUUGAGAUUGGAAAUUGAUCACCAAUUUAAAAUCUUACCAUUAAAAGUGAGCCAAUGAAAAUAAGGAAACGAAGAAAAGGCUAGGUACUUAUCUAUUUAUCAAUUAAUUUAUGUCAACACAAAGUUUCAACCUUUGAUUUGGAAUACAAGUUUUGAGGUCUACUCUGAUUGCUAAAACUAGUUUGAUUCCUUACCAAGUUCGAGGACUGCUCAGAUUCCUAAUUUAUGAGGGACACAUGUUUAUAUAUAGGUGUUGAUGUUUGGGUGAUUUGCAAAAUCUAAACUUGUCUAUUUAAACUUAGUACUUAGUCUCAAGAUAGUAUUGAACAUAUUAGGAUGGAAGGAGAUGAGGAAGCCAUUAUUCAAAUUGAACAGCUGUUGUCUAGUAAAGAGUAUGAACGAAGAGCAGAAGAAUUUACCGAUUUCAUAAACUUUGUGUAUUGCAUCUGUCACGAAAAGACUGAUGAUGAUGAGGAGGAAGAGUGUGAUGCUCGAUACUCGUCAAGAGACGAUAUAUUAACGGGGCUUAAGGAUAUAUUGAGGGCCAUCCCUAGAUACAACAUGACGAAAUCUAUGGAACAUCUUCAAAUCAUCGACUUCACUGGUGUAACAUAUGUUCUAGUCUUAUUGUUCCGUUCUUUAGUUAAAGAAAAUAAAGAGAUAUCUGAGAAAUGCAUUAGGCUCUUUCUAAUCGAUCCUAAAACCAAUUCUGGCUUCUUCUUGCCUAGGUCCAUACAAAAUCAGUGUGCUACAAUAGUUUUAGGCUUUUGCACAGCAUUUUGUAAGACUGCUGAUGAUGAGGAGCGCCAGCUAUACCACUCUUGUCAUGAAACUCUGAUAUCCAUACUAAAAUCAAUUGCCUUUUCAAAUAGACCAACAUAUUUUGGCAUUGCAAAGACGUCAGAGUUAAUUGGAGGCCUGUACAAUAUUUUCCAUGAGAUAGAUAUGAAGUUGCACAAAUCUUUAGUAUCAACUUAUCUGUCACCAUCACCCCUAGCAACUACUGAAUUAAGGAGCCUGAAGAGAAAUUUCCGUGAAUUCGCGUUGUUUUCACUCCAUAUCCGUAAUGCAAUUCACGAGCAUGUGAGAGUAAAGGGUCCAUCAUUGCCACUGAAUCCGGAUAUCUUCGAGAAGUACUCGUACUAUUUGAAUGAUAUUUAUAUAUUUUAUCUGGAUUUUACGAGUCUGGUUAGGAAAGUCAACGAAUGCCUGUACUCUUUAGACGCAGCUAUUAGGGAUGCAGGAAGUAGUUUGAAAUUCAAUAUUGGGUGGUCUUACCUUCUUUCGAUUCUGAAGGAGUUGAGCAACAUAUCUAAACUUUACGAGGAUGGGGAAGAACUUCUAUCCUCUGCAUUUCGAGCAGUUCCCCUUGCAAUGAGUUAUCUUAUUGGGCACUCAAAGAGGGGUGAUGAUCACCUAUGGCUUCUCAAGUAUGACGCUGCGAUAGAUUUUGAAUCAAGGAUACAUCUGAUGGUGAUGAUGUUCCCUGAGGUAAAGGACGACGACAGAAAGCUGCACAAAAUGCUCAUUGACAGGUCACUUUUGUUGAAGGAAUCAUUUGAACACAUCGCUCUUGUUGAAGCAAGGUCCUUGCAUAAUGGCCUCUUCGUGGAGUUCAAAAACGAGGUAGCUACGGGUCAUGGUGUCCUGCGGGAGUGGCUUUUGUUGGUAUGCCACGCGCUCUUUAGUCCAGAAUAUUCCCUUUUUGUAGAAUGCCCGGAGGACUGACGCAGAUUCUUUCCCAACCCAGCACAAGUCGAAUCGCAGCAACUUAUGUUGUUUGCCUUUUGUGGUCGAGUAAUCGCUUUAGCCUUGAUGCAUAAAGUGAAAGUGGGGAUUGCAUUUGACCGUGUAUUUUUCUUGCAAUUAGCGGAGGAGAAAAUAUCCCUGGAAGACAUACGAUGUGCAGAUCCAGUCAUGUAUAAGAGUUGCAAAGAUAUUUUGGAGAUGGAUGCUGACGCUGUGGACUCAGAUGCUAUGGGGUUGACAUUUGUUAGGGAAAUCAAAGAGUUCGGAUCCAGGAAAACCGUGGAGCUGUGCCCUGGAGGGAUCAACAUUGUUGUCAAUAGCAAGAACAGAGACCUGUAUGUACAUCUUCUCAUUCAGCAUAUCUUCGUCAAAUCAAUCUCGGCAAAGGUUGCCUAUUUUGCACGAGGUUUUGGUGAUAUUCUUUGUAAGCGAAGGCUGGCGAAAAACUUUUUCCAAGGUAUAGAGCUGAAAGGUCUCGAUUGUGUGUUAAGUGGAAGUGAUAAACCUAUUUGUUUCAAAGAUUGGAAAGCACACACUAAGUACGAAGACUACAGAGAAAACGAUGAACAAAUUUGCUGGUUUUGGGAGGUAUGUAUGGCCACCAUAGUUUAUGAAUUCUAUAAGUUCUAUUUAUUGGUUUUAGUGUUUGUUCAUGCCUCUGAUGUUUAUUCUCGUCAGUUCUCUCGUCUAGUUAAUUAUUUCCUUAUUUUUUGAUGUUUGAUUGCUUUCCGAGGUCCCUCUUUUUAUUGAAUUGAAUACAACUAAGCCAGACGAAGUUUUCUCCUUUCUGCAACAAGGUUGUUGAGGAUAUGUCCAUGGAGCAGCAGAGGGAGCUUCUUUUCUUUUGGACCUCAGUGAAAUACCUUCCUGUAAACGGUUUUUCUGGUUUGCCAUGUCCUUUAACUAUCUACAAGACAUCCUGCUCUGAUGAUCACCUGCCGUCAUCCCACACAUGUUUCUAUCGCUUGUCGCUCCCACAUUACCCAUCUCUAGCAAUGACACAGCAGCGUCUUUCUUUAAUCUGCCAAACACAUGCAGGCUGUAGUUUUGGGUUUGUGUGAGACACUGCAAUGACCGCAUGCUCCUGGUUCUCGAGGUAAGUGUGCUCAUUUUGAUGCACACUGAGGAAUGAGGAUGCCAUCUGCCUGUCAGCCUAUGUCAAGACUGCAGCAGAUCAUUUGUCUCGUUAAUUCUCUAUUGUGUUUGUAUGGUUUAAAAGGAGGUGUAAUAUAUUUGGUGGCUUUUAUUAGGGGUUAGUUUUGGGUUAUAAAAGCUCCCACUUUAGAGGAGGUACUUCAUUUCUCGGGUGAGUACAGACUACAGAAGAAACUUCUAUUUUAGCUCUCUUUUUUUUUUUUGGAAGAGCUUGGGGAUGCCAAACUUGUAUGUGAAAGGUUAGGUACAGACUCCACUUGCCAAGUGAAAUUUCUAAUUUCUAGAAGCGAGAGAACAUACGGUAGAUAACAGUAUCCCUCGUGCUGUUGAAGCUGUAAUGAUUCUUAAAUUAAAACCUAUGUUCAAUAUUUGUUUCGAGACCCAAAAUCCAAAGCGUUUAACUCGCAAGGUUUUGUGAGAGUUUGAUUGCAACUUGAAUCAUCCCACACCGAAUAUGGUAAGAAGAAAUCAUGAAAGCAAAUUUGAAUCUUCGUAUUACAGCGUGUAUGAAUUAUGUUGACAACCCAAGUGCUAUUCAAAUAAUAAAAAUUCCAAUAAGAGUCUUAAUUGUGUUAAAUUAAAUAAAAUAAAAAUACUUUCACCCGAUACCGUGAAAGAGUGAUUUUCCCGAAUUUCUUUAAAUUCCAGUAUAAUAAGUGGAAGAGUGAUUUUCCCGAAUUUCUUUAAAUUCCAGUAUAAUAAAAUGGUUAGAAAUGAUGAGAUGUUAUAUAACCUUCCUAGUUUGAGGCCCUGGAGAUUCAAAUACCAGUGGAAGAUGAAGCGAAUAAUACUGAUAAGAUGAUGUGGAAGCAUCACCCAAAAAGGUAGUUUCUCGACUAAAUCUAUAAUGAAAACUCUAUCACAUAGACAACCAACAAGUUGGGUAUGUUUUUUUCCAACUAGCAGAUUUUACCUAGGAGAGAAAGUGUGAAAUAGUGUUCUUCAAAGGGAUUUUUCUCGAGAGUUAACUUGGAUCAAAAUUAGGGUUUCUUCACCAUUUCUCUUUGCGAUUUUAGUUUGGGGUUGCGAUUUAGUUGGGGUUCUUCUUUGUGAUUGUUCGAUUAAGUGCUGGUUUUUCCUGGGUUGUUGAGGUAGAGAGGUCCUAUUUCGACCAGGUAAGGGAUCCCUUAUUUUAUUUGAUUUCUAACCUUACUGGUUUGGUAGAGUGGUUGGUUGUGUGAUUUACAGGUGUUGUGAGGUAUUAUUCAAGAUAUCAUUCAGGUAAUUGUGUUAAUUCGUCUGGGUUUAGUUUUCUUUCACGUUUCCUCUUCUGAUUUCUUCGUUGUUUUGAUUUUGUUUCACCUUCUGCGAUUGCUGAUUGAUUUUCAACUCCUGGUUUCUUAUUCUUGGUUUGUGUCCAAUUUGAUUCCCUUUUGGUUUGCUGUUCUGAUUGUUCUUUUAUUUCUUUGUCCUCUGAUUUGGUAUCUUUUAGUUCUUGCCCAUGCCUCUGGACACUAUUACGGAUUUUAAAGCCAUCACUAAAUUUCACCUAAUUAUGAUAUUUACAAUGGUUGUGUCUCAACAUAGUUGGUAUCACGGUUGUUUGGGGUACAAAAUGUUUCAAGUAUAAAUAUUUGUUCAAACUGAGGUAUAAUCACAAAACUCUCUUCCUGCAUAUGGCUUCCACCUCUAUUUCCAUAAAAAUAUCUUAGUCAAAAUCCCGAGUCUCCUUCUGAUAUUGUGGAUACUCUAGCUGUCAAUAUGAAGAACAAUAUGAAUUUAGAAAGUGCUAUAAAGCCAAUUGUAUACUUAGAUAAGCAUAUGGUGUUAGAAAAAGAAAAAGAAGAUUACAGUUUAUGUAUGUUAGGCAGAAUCUGUUGUCCUUUUACUAUCUCAACAAGUAGAGUGAAGAAACUGGUUAGAGAUACUUGGCCAAUGUUCAGAGAAGUUGGAAUUAAGAAGUUUGGAGCAAGAUUAAAUGUUCACCUCUAUAAGUUUGGGUCUGGAAUUGAUAUUAUGAGAAUCAAAGAUGAUGGGCCAUGGGUGUUGGAUGGUUAUCUAAUGGUGCUGAUUGAAAUUCCGGAGAUGGGUUUCCAGUUUGGUGCAACUAUUAAUAUGGAUUAUGAGUUAUUCAUUGUGUUUAUGUGUAGAAUUACAACUCAGUUUUUAACUAAAGCUGCCUAUAGAGUUAUGGCUUCAGUAGUUGGAGAAUUAUGUGGGUUUCCUGAACCAAUGGGUCUGUCAUCGGAGCAUAAAACAGUUAAAAUGUUAAUCAAGAUAAAUGUCACAGGAUCGCUUCCAAGGAGGGUGUUGGUAAGAGCUCAAGAAGAAGAAGCAUGGGUUUCAGUUAAUUAUAAUGUUAUGCCUUGGAGGAUUUGUGAGAUAUGUAGAGUUUUGGAUCAUCGAGCUGAACCUUGUGUUGAAGGUCAGGUAAUAGUGGUGAAUGAUACUCCUUCUGACAGUGAAGAUACAGCUGAAAUUUUGAUGGAUGUGGAUCAUGUUGGUCAUAGUGGUCAUGUUGACAUGAGUAAGGAUGGGGUAAGCAAAGCAACAAUUACUGAGCUAAUUCUAGAGGAGGCUAGAGGUUCGAUAGAAGGUUUGGAGGAAGAGUUACUAUCCGUUGUGAAUGAGGUAGGCGGGGAAGAGAAUCCCAUUGCUGUUGAAGAACAGAAUUCAGGGGAACUCAAUCUGGUAGCUGUCCAAAUUGCAAGAGAUGAUAACAGAAGAAGGGAGCAUAAGAGAAUGGUUGAAGAGAGGAACAGAAUUAAAGGAAAAGCAAAAGUGGAUGAAACUUCUGUGGGAGUUAUGAUAUCACCUCAUUCUAUGGAUGGAAUUUCAACGGGAACUUUAGUAAUAAGGGAAGGUGGCAAAACAGUGGAUUUAGAGGAAGCGAUCAAGCAUCUAGAUGAGGCUAAAGAGUACCAAUUAAAAGCAGGUAUUCUAUUAGAUUUUUCAGUUAAUCUUCUGGAACCCGAAAGAAAGAAGAGGAAGUACAAAAGGAAGACAACUGUGGUUGAUGAGAAUUCUAAGAAAACGAAGGUGGAUCAGAGGGCUGCGAUUUCUGGUGAGAUCAUUUUAGGGAAAAAUCUUUGCAAAAAUGAAUUUGUUUCCCCUUCAAAAUUUUUGAUUGAUGUUUGCAACAUUUCUGAUUCGACUCUUAAUAUGCUUUUUUCUACUCCUUCUCCGCGUUGCUUUGGUGAAGGUGAUACCAAUAUAAUUUUGGCUAAUACUCAAAUGAUUAGCGUUCCUGUUCCGAACCAUGAUGACCCUUAUGAUAUGUUUAAUGACUACAUCAUUGAUACGCCUGCUAGUCCAUGCCCGAACCAAGAUGCUGAAAUCAGUAACGAGAUAUUGCUUUCUACUCACACAAAUAAUCAGAUUGCACAUGCAAGUUCAGAGGAGCAAGGUGCAUUAGUGCACCCCAAGGUGUAGACAACAAAGAUAAGAAGAAGACCUUGAUUUCUGUGAUGCAGUGGUUAUCAACUAUAAAAUGUAAAAGUGUUGUACUGUCUUGGCAGAUGAAUGAGUCCUCUGGUGACUCUACUAAUUUAGAAAGAAAAGUGGAUAUGGAUGGUUAUAUGUCAGGCAAGAAAUUUAGUAGUAGUUUUAACACUUUUAAGUCCUUUGAUGUAAGUAUAAGUAAUAUUUUAGAAGUUCAUGCUGUUAUAAUGGGAAUGUUUAGACUUAGGGUUCUUUUUGGGAAGGAUUGGUCGUGGUCUGAGAAAUAAGAGAGAAAUAUGCAGAACUGGCUUGAAGCUAUAGACAGAAUGGAUUUGUAUAGAGAUAAACCAAGUUAUGUUUCAAGUUUCUUACAAGAAGUUGAAGACUAUAGUAAUAAUCACAACAGAGAAGACAUGAAUGGUCAUAAUGGUUUCAGCAGGGGAAGUUUGGACAGAUUGGAUUCUGAAGGUUUCGAUAAUGUCAGCUCGUUCAGUGAAGGCAGAAGAUACAUAUAUAAUCCAACUGGUGGAGGAAUGAAGGAAUGCGUGGCCAAAAAUGCUGCAAA